AUGACUGGCGACCGAGACGCUAGGAUCCCGGUGGAUAGAGGAUGGGCGUGGAUGGUGAUGGUUGGAUCGUUCGUCAUAUCUACAAUCAAUAUAGGGACAGAAAAAUCUUUCGGAAUUUUCUUCAUAGAAUUUCUUCGACAAUUCAAAGGCACAGUGUUUAUGACUGCAAUGAUUAACACGGUGUGGAAUGUAGUUUUCAGCAUUACAGCCGCUUCAGUCUUAUUAACUGGUUUUAAAAGACUAAGCAUUAGGAUAUCAGUUUUUCUCGGAAUAACGCUCAGUGCUCUCGGAUAUGGCAUCAGCAGCUUUGCUACCGGGCUGGAAUAUCUACUAGUAUCACAGAGUAUCCUCAUUGGUAUGGGAGCAGCGUUCAAAAUUCCACCGAUAUACAUCCUAAUUGGUGAUUAUUUUGACAAGAAAAAAGGUAUCGCGAAUGCUGUUUUUCUAUCCGGAAAUUCCUUUGGUGGAGUGAUAAUGCCACCAUUAUACCGUUAUGUAUUUGAUGAAUAUGGAUUGCGUGGAGGACUUAUAAUCACUUCUGGUAUAAUAUUUAAUUCUCUGGUGGCUGCAGCCUUACUUCGUCCGACUACAUUCUACACGGAUCGUAGUCCACAGAAAUCAUCGUUUGGCAGUGUGGAUAAUAACAGUGCUACGACAGCGAAACCCGACGAGGAAAAUAAUGACCCUUCGCAUCCAUUUCUAGCAAGAGAAGAAGCAGCAAAACAGUCUGCAAACGCCGACAAUACACAAACGAAUGACUCCAAUGAAGCCGUUGAUAGUGCUAUGGAAGAGAAACUUGAAGAGUCAAAUACUGAUCAAUCAUCUCAUUCAGGUGUUGUUUCAAAUCCCAUUAACGGAUAUGCGGAUUCUACACUAUCGGUUGAUCAGUUUGAUAGGAAUGAUGGUCAUGAAGAAAAACAAUGCGAAAUCGGAGAGGGAUGCUUCGUUAAAUGCAAAAAUAAGAUCGAUUGCUCAUUGCUGAAAAACGUUCAUUUUCUACUAUUUCUCUUAAUCUAUUGCAUGGGAAACGUAGCAACGAUGUGCGCCCACAUCUAUAUUCCGACAUAUGCCAGAGAUAUUGGCAUUGAAGACCAACGUAUUGCUAUCAUCGUCUCCCUAUAUUGUGUAUCAGAUUUCGUGGGACGCAUUGUAGCUGGGUUCCUCUCUGAUCAAAAGUGGAUCACUGCAGAACAGAUUGUUGUUCUCUCGCAGAUUGUUGUUGGUGUGGUUCUGCAGUUUACCGUUUACUACACCUCAUUUCUACGCCUGCUGGUGUUUGUCACUAUAUUAGGUUCCACAGCUGGUAUGAUUAUCGCCUUAUUCCCGCCGAUGAUGAUAGACAUUGUGGGUAGAGAUCGGUAUCCUAGUGCUAUGGCUAUAUUCAUUCUGUGGGUUCGUCUGUUUGAAGGAUUCGCUGUACCAGUUUUGGGAUAUUUUCGUGACAUCAACAACACUUUUCACUUAUCUUUUCAUUUGAUGGGAGCAACGUCAUUUGCAGCUGUCGGACUUCUUAUUAUAUUUUUCAUCUUGAAAAGAAAGCGGUCUCGUGACGAAGACGAUGAAGAGAAUACAUAA